UCGUAUACUGACUUUUAUUCUCCCGCUAGUUCACCGCACCGUUCCCAUGCAAAUCCAGAUCGUCAAGGACAAAUGGGACCCCAGCAGUCGCGCUUCGCCGUUCCGCACCUACUUGUACAACAAUGUAGGCGAAGAGGCGGCACCCUUCUACCAGCCGGGCCCAGGCGACGACGAUCAGAAAUGGGAGGAUGCGCUCCGCAAACGACCCGAGCCGGGCUACGUGCCUGUCUUGGUGCAGGGGUUCUUUGAUCUCGGCAAGCGCGCGCAGCGUCAGAAGGAUUUCCUCACCAUGUUGCAGACUCGGAUGCAUGAGAUUAACAACUCCCUGACUGAGCUCCUGUCGAGACACGACCUGAAGAUUAGCGUGCGCAUCGCCGAUUGCAGGCGGAAACACCUGGUCCUUAGCAAGCGGUGCCUGGCGCUGGCGGCCAAGACUCAGGUGCUGCGCAACCGCGGUUAUGCGAUGGAUGACGCGGAGGAGGAGCUGAGGAAGAAAUUGACGCAGCUGGAGCGGCAGGUCUUUGAUCCGUCGUUGAACGGCCGUGGGGAGGAGAUCUGGGCGCGCAUGCUGGCUAUCCGGGAGCACUCGCGUCGGUUGCAGCAGGAGAUGGACCGCGCGGCGCCGAAGGCCACAGCACAGGCGGAGGAUGAGUUGGACGAGCAGACACUGAAGACGGCGAAAAAGAUAUUGGACGAUUACCAUGUGCAGAUCCAGCACCUACAGAAGGAGUUGGAUUCGGUGAAGAAGGAUUUCGAAGAGUCGCAGAAGGGCCCCGCCAAUGGGGUGCAUCUAAUGUAGUGAUUUAUAAUCCUUAUGCUUUCUUUUUCUUCUAUGCUCUGAGUCGAAUAUAUUACGAAUCGGGUUGUUGCUUGCUUAUUGCUUGAUUUCAUUUGAUGGCUUGGUUUGUGAGGGAAGGGAAGCAAAAUAUUGGUUUCUAAUCGGAGUUUUCAAAGGAGCUGGUAUCCGCAACAUAUCGUUACGCGCAUUUGCAGGAUGAAUGGAGAGGGUGCUUUAAUUUCUUCUUGACUUUGAGCGCAAAGCAGAGAGAUAGGUAAAGAAAACAUACGCAAAUGAUUCCUUCUCUAGGUUUGGUGGUUUCAUCCCAAUGGAUCUAGUAUACAGAAAGCUGCCCUUUGUGUCCAUCACCAUGUGUCUUCUAGUCCGGUAGAAGUAGAGUUCUGGCGCUCAUUGAAACGGACGGAUGAUCGAACGACUGUUGCACAAUUUACAAAAACUUCUUGACGAAGUCGACGGCGAAGGGAGCUGCGAG